UAGCAGUACAACGUAUAAAACAAAUGCGCGGCGUAUGAAACAACUUAAAUAAUGUCGAGUGCUUCAGUUCUCUGUGAAACAUCGCACACAACGUAUCGUCAUGUCCCAAGAAAUAAAUGGAGAUGCGGCAAAUUUGCAACAGUUGAUGCAACAGUUGUUGCAUCAACAAAAAUUGCAAGAAGAGAGGCAACAACUGUUGCAUCAACAAUUGCAAUAUUUGCAAAAGAAGCAGGAGGAGGAGCAGCAGCAGCAACAACAGCAGCAGCAGCAGCAGCAGGAGCUGCAGCCACAGCCGUUGCCGGAAAAAAUGGAUGAAAAUGGUAUAUUUUUAUUAUUUAUUCUUUUUCAUUAAAAUAUUAAUAAAUAUGCAUAGUUAUAUUAUCAUUCAUUGUUUAUUACUUAUCUGUAUAUAUCUAUUUUUUCAGAAAUACAUACAAAAAGAGCAGGCGGCCGAUCCCGCGCCAGCUGGUAUUACCAGCGGGGUGGCAGGGGCUUUAAAAAUAAAGGUAGUGGCCGAGGAAGGGGCGUCCCUGGCGGCCGAGGAAGAGUCGUCCCUGGCGGCCGAGGAAGAGGCGUCCCUGGCGGCCGAGGAAGAAAUACGUGGGGCCGUAGUGGUCCCACAGUAAUCAAAAAUUAUAUUU